AUGGAAGGCAGCGGCAGCGGCUGGGUAGUCGGACCGGCGCCGUCCUGUGGCCGGGAGAACAGCACUGGGCGAGUGUUCGAGAUCGCUGUGCACAACGGCUCUUCCAGGCGCGGAUCCCAGUUUGCUGGUGUGGAGCUGCUGCAGUCCUUCAAGGCCCUCAUCAUCCCAUGCUAUGCACUGGUGGUUCUGGUGGGCAUCUUUGGGAACUACCUGCUGCUCUACGUCAUCUGCCGCACCCGUAAGAUGCACAACGUCACCAACUUCUUCAUCGGCAACCUGGCUUUCUCCGACAUGUUGAUGUGCGCCACUUGCGUGCCCUUCACCCUGGCGUAUGCCUUCAACCCUCGCGGCUGGGUCUUCGGCCGCUUCAUGUGCUACCUGGUGUUCCUCAUUCAGCCCGUCACGGUCUACGUCUCCGUCUUCACGCUCACCGCCAUCGCCGUUGACAGGUACUAUGCAACAGUGCACCCCCUAAAGAAGCGCAUCUCUGUUCCUGCCUGCGCCCAUGUGUUGCUGGGCAUCUGGUUGCUGUCAUGUGGCCUGGUGGCUCCAGCAGUGGCCCACACCUAUCAUGUGGAAUUCCGGGAGGAGGGCUUCACCAUAUGCGAGGAGUUCUGGAUGGGCCAGGAGCGAGAGCGUCUAGCCUACGCCUACAGCACGUUGCUCAUCACCUAUGUUCUGCCGCUCUCGGCCCUCUGCAUCUCCUACCUGUGCAUCUCCGUCAAGCUGCGCAACUGUGUUGUGCCAGGCCAUCAAACCCAGAGCCAGGUGCAGGCCCAGCGUGCCCGCAAGCGUAAGACCUUCCGUUUGGUGGCUCUGGUCGUAGCAGCCUUUGGAGUGUGCUGGCUGCCCAUCCACGUAUUCAAUGUCCUGCGUGACAUCGACAUCCACCUGAUCCACAAGCGCUAUUUUCUGCUGAUCCAGCUGCUGUGCCACCUGUGUGCCAUGAGCUCGUCCUGUUGCAACCCCUUCCUGUACGCCUGGCUGCACGACCGCUUCCGCGCUGAACUGCGCCGCAUGUUCACCUGCCGUCACCGUGUCGGGGCACCUGUCAAUAACUGCGCUGUGGCCAGCGUGGUGCUGUGAUGGAAUGCCAGAUCAGAUGUUGGUCCAGGGUAAAUGAUGCCCAUGCGAAGGACAGGGAACACGUAUGCCGGUGGCGGGCACUACUCUGGA